AUGAAGAAUGUUGAGUUUGGUGGAGAUGUUGAUAGUAAACCUCGGUUAGGGAUGGUAUUUAAUACAGAGAAGGAAGCCUAUGAUUUCUACAACAGUUAUGGAGGAACAACGGGUUUUAGUAUUAGGAGAGAUUUUGCGCAUAAAAGCCGCAAAGAUAAGACAACUUUAACUUGCUGGAGAUUUGUAUGUAAUAAAGCUGGUAUUCGAUGUAAGGAUAAACGAGAUAUUUAUACAAGUAAACCACGAGCUGAGACAAGAUCAGAAUGUCCGGCCCUGAUGUCCAUUUAUGUGAUGGAAAAUGGAAAAUAUGAGUAUCGGGACUUUGUUGAAGAACAUAAUCACAUUCUUCAUACUCCAGAGACUACUUAUUUCAUGCGGUCACAAAGGCAAAUUCAAGACAUACAUGCACAUGAAAUAGAUUUGGCUGAUGAUUUGGGGAUGAAAGAGAAGACCAUUUUCAAGACAUGGGUUAAGCAGGCAGGCGGCAAAGAGAAUCUUGGAUACACACGUGUAGAUCGAUGGAAUUAUCUUCGAACUAGAAGACAAUGUUCCCUAUCUUAUGGUGAAGUAGGAAGUUUGUUGAAGUAUUUUGAAAACCAGAGUAGGAUCAAUCCUUCAUUUACAUACUCAAUGCAGUUGGUUAGUGAUGAACAAAUUACUAAUAUUUUUUGGGUCGAUCCGAAAAUGUUAAUUGAUUAUGCACAAUUCGGUGAUUUUAGUUUUGGCACUACAUUUUGCACUAACAAAGAGUUUCGACCAUUGGGAAUAUUUAGUGGUUUUAAUCAUCAUAGAGGGACCAUUAUUUUUGGGGCUGCGCUUUUAUAUGAUGAGACUGUUGAAUCUUUCAUGUGGUUAUUUGAGACAUUUGCAGAAGCAUAUGGGCAAAAGAAGCCUAUCACAAUCUUUAUGGAUCAAGAUAUUGCGAUGGCAAAGGCAUUACAUGAGCUGUUCCUUCCUACAGAAAAGGGUUUUGCAAAUAUUCUGAUUGGAGUUACAAGUAGCACAACUUUGGGAAUAACUACCGUUACUCCUAAACGGUUCCCCCCUGCAUGUCCCUGCGCUCGAAUCCUUGCAGGAAUAUGA